GCGCGGCUGGCGGGGCGCGGCGGCCGCCUGCGCGAGGCGCCUGAGCGGCCCCGGCCGCGGCCCGCCCAUGGCGAAGAGCAAGUUCGAGUACGUGCGCGGCUUCGAGGCGGACGACGCGCUCCUGCCCAACUGCUGGAUCGUGGUCCGCCUGGACGGGCGCAACUUCCACCGGUUUGCUGAGCAACACGAGUUCAAAAAACCAAAUGAUGAUCGUGCCCUUCAUCUGAUGACCAAGUGUGCCCAGACAGUGAUGCAAGAGCUGGAGGAUAUUGCUAUUGCUUAUGGACAAAGCGAUGAGUACAGCUUUGUUUUCAAAAAGAAGAGUAAAUGGUUUAAAAGAAGAGCAAGUAAGUUCAUGACUCAUGUGGUCUCCCAGUUUGCCUCAAGUUACGUUUUCUAUUGGAAGGAUUACUUCAAGGACCAGCAACUUCUAUAUCCACCAGGAUUUGAUGGACGAAUAGUUUUGUAUCCCAGCGAUCAAAAUUUAAAGGACUACCUCAGUUGGAGACAAGCAGAUUGCCAUAUCAAUAACCUUUAUAAUACAGUGUUUUGGAUGCUUGUACAACGAAGUGGUUUGACACCAGUACAAGCACAGGACAGACUUCAGGGAACUUUGGCAGGAGAUAAGAAUGAAAUUUUAUUUUCUGAAUUCAACAUCAACUACAACAAUGAGCCUUUGAUGUACAGAAAAGGAACUGUCCUAAUAUGGCAGAAGGUAAAUGAAGUCAUAACAAAGAAAAUAAAACUGCCAAAGGAAACAGAAGAGAAGGAAGUUGAAGUGACCCGAACUAGGACUAAAGUUGUUCCUCUGCACUGUGACAUUAUAGGGGACCAGUUCUGGGAGGAAUAUCCUGAGAUUCUGGCUGAGGAUAGUUGAUUUCUGCUGCAAGUGUAUUUGGCAGUUUACAUUUUGCUCUGCUAGGGUUAUUACAAAGUGAGGACUAUGGAUUGUGGCUGGCAAAGUUUAACUUGCCACCCUCUUCAACAACUAUGUUGUUUUGGCACUGUUGUUGCUGGAGAAAUAGAAACUGGUCUCUUGUUUGACAUACAAAGAUAUGUCCUGCUGGGAAAGGUAAAAUCAUUGUAUUUUGAAUGCUAGUAACUCAUUAUAAAUUAAAAGACUGCUCCUUGUAAAUGCAUAUUUUUACAAAGAGUAUAGAAAUUUUAUGCAUUUCUGUAGUAUUCUUUAAGUCACAGGAUGCUGCAUUGAACUGCCACAUCACUUAAAAGGYUAUGUAUUUGAACAGUUAAAAACUGAGGGGAAAAAUCAUUAUGAAACAGACCAGAAUACUGCAGUUGGUAAUAAAUUUCAAAGCCAGUGUGUAUAGUCAGUUUAGUGGCAAUUGUGCUACUAAUGUCU